AUGUCUCUCACCUGGCGCAUCUCCGUCAAUGGCGAGGCUGAUACUCCCGAAGACUACCUUUCAACCGCUCUGGGCGUCAUCUUCCCCGACGACAUCACAAACCAACAUGGCGACGCUGAACACAAUCUCUCUUAUGCCUCACCUCAUCUCCCCAAGCCUCUUGUUAUCGAUCUCGCCGACCCUGUAAAGGAGGAUGAUCGCAAGUUGUUCUCACACUACCUUUGGAACGCCUCUCUUCUGCUUGCCGAGUUUAUCGAAGCCGACUCGUUGAACAUCCCGCUAGAGAAGCCUCGCGAGGCCCAGGACAGCAUAUCGUUCGAUGUAAAGGGACUCGAUAUUAUGGAACUCGGAGCUGGAACCGCGUUGCCGAGUAUCAUGGGAGGUCUUUUGGGCGCAAAACGUGUCGUCGUUACGGAUUACCCAGCUGAGCCUGUUCUCAAAACCCUGCGCACAAAUGUCGAGCGCAACAUCCAACCCUCAUUCUCACCCGCCCCUGCCGAAACAACCCCUUCUUCUGGGGUCUCCGUCCACGGCCAUUCCUGGGGUGAGCUCGAUGACCCAUUGAGCGUUUCAGGCGAGCACUCUUUCGACCGUAUCAUUGCUGCCGAUUGCCUAUGGAUGCCAUGGCAGCACGCCAACUUGCACCGAUCCAUCUCCCACUUCCUUAAGCGCACACCCGAAGCCCGAUGCUGGGUUGUCGCAGGUUUCCACACGGGCCGACAGAAGAUGAGCGGAUUUUACGAUGCGGCGGCUCUUAAGGAGGUCGGACUCGAGGUCGAGAGGAUGUGGGAGAGGGACUGUAAUGGUGAGGAGAGACCGUGGGAUAUCGAGCGAGACGAUGAUAUUACGGUUCGAAAGAGGUGGCUCGUCGUCGCUUCGUUGAAGUGGAUCUCGACAUAG